AUGUUCUAUCAGUUAUCGUGGCUGAUAAAACUGAUAAAGGACACUGGUGCAUGUUGUCCGAAGACACUUAUUUUUUGUAACACAUUAAAUGAUAUUGCUGCAGUAUUCAACCAUUUAAUGUUACAACUUGGAGCAAAUGCAUACAAUCCUCCUGAAUCAAGAGAACCCGAGUGUAGGAUAAUUGGGAUCUAUCAUUCUAACUCGUUUAAAAAACAAAAGGAAAGACUAUUUAGUCAACUUAAAGGUACAGGGAAUAAGAACUCUGUUGUGGCAUCAUCUGCCCUUGGUAUGGGAGUUAAUUUUCCCGACAUUAAAUAUGUUAUUAAUUGGGGACCUGCCAGAAAUCUUUUGGAUCAGUUACAAGAGGGAGGAAGAGCUGGUCGUAAUGGCAGUUCUGCUCAUAUAGUUAUUAUUUAUCAUGGUCAACAAGUAACCCAUUGUGAUGAAGAUGUUGAAGAGUUUGUCAAUACAACAGGUUGUUAUCGUUUGGCUGCAUACAGUCCAUUUGAUCCAUCAAUUCAGCCUGGUGCUGUCAAGCAUGAUUGUUGCAAUUAUUGUUACCAGUCCUGUCAAUGUAUUGAGGAAGGAUGCCCUGUUUCAUUUCCUUUUGACAAAAUGUUUACAGAACAUUCAUGUGCAACAUCUCAAGUUGGAUUGACCAGAUCUGUAAGUGAUCAGGAAAAGGAUGACCUUAGAGAUGCCCUUCAAGAACUUGUAUCUCAAAUAAAUACUGGUAGAGCUGCAGUAUUUGACAUGGUUUCCACCCAUGGUUUUUCUGACCAACUGAUUUCUGAUAUAAUUGACAACAGCUAUAGAAUAUUCACUGUUAACGACAUUCGAACACAGUUUCCUGCAUUCUCAAUUACUCAUGCAUACAGAAUUCUGGAUGUAAUCCAAGAACUCUUUAUGGAUAUUCCUGACAGUCAUUUUGACCAGACUGAUAUGGAACUGUAUCACGAUAUAACCCCUUUUGAACAAACACUUAAUGAGUAUUUUGACAGCAUCUGCAAACUGGUAAGUUUCAUAUCCAACUGCAGUAAUUAUUUUUAG